AUGAGCUUCUCAGAGCACUUCUCUAUCGCCAACAUUCCAUUUGGGAUCGCAAGUACUUCCACUCGCCCAAAGAGUGUAGUCACAAGAGUUGAAGACUCAAUAGUCUUUCUGUCGGAUCUAGGCCUAGAAGCAUCUGAAAAUGUCAAGUCCGCAUUGUGUCAGGCCACUCUCAAUGACUUGGCAGCCAUCGACAAGGCUGAGCUUCAGCAAUUGCGCAAAAAAAUACAGCAGCUCUUGUCUGACAACUCCACACUAUCCCGGUACAGUGUAUCUGUCGACGAUGUCCAAUUACACUUACCCAUAAGCGUUCAGGAGUUUAGCUCUUUCGCGUGCUUUUUAGACCAUAUCAAAAACGUAAAGCCAUCUAUAUUACCACUGGCAGAAAAAUUUCCGAUCUCUUACGUUGGCCGGUCAUCAUCCAUUGUUUCUGGCGGGAGAUUUGCCCGGCCAUACGGGCUAUAUCAUGACGGGGAAGAAAUUAUUUUUGGCCCCUCACGUGCAAUGGAUUAUGAACUAGAAGUGGCUUGUAUUAUUGGCAAGCCGACACAACUCGGAACACACGUAUCUGUAUCCGACGCUACCGACCAUAUAUUUGGCCUUGUUCUUAUGAUUGAUUGGAGCGCUCGCGAUAUUCAGAGCAUAGAGAUGGGGCUUCUAGGUCCAAUGAACGGCAAGUCUUUCGGAACAUCAAUUAGUCCCUGGGUGGUCACGCUUGAAGCGCUUGAAGCAUUUGCGACCCCGCUUUUACCAAAGACAAAACCGUCUCCGCCAUAUUUAAGCAAGGAAAAGUCUAGUUAUGAUGUCACGCUACAGGCCGAGGUAUUGACAGAAGACGGACAUACAUUGGUUUGCAAAUCGCAGCUUAGCUGGAUGCACUGGACGUUCGGAGAUAUAAUCUCCCAGCACACAGUUAACGGUUGUAAUCUUAGGACUGGCGACGUCUUGUCAGCAGGGACGGUGUCGGGGACAGGGGAUAACGAACAUGGAUGCUUGCUUGAGUUAACUAAUGGCGGUAAAGUUGCGUGGGAAACGUCUACGGGUCAGAAGCGGAUAUAUCUACAGGACAGUGACGGUGUGCGUAUUAGUGGAUACGCUGGGAAUGGCGUUGGAUUUGGUGAUUGCUUGGGUUUUAUUGAUGCCCCUAAGCCGCUUUACCAAGACAAGGAAAUUGUUGUCGUACAGUAAUAUAAGGCGUUAGUUGCUGCC